CACGCCCCGCAACUUCUGCCGGCACGCCUAGGGACAAACGCAUACAACACGCGUUAAGAAACUCCUCCGUAGUGCCUAGGCAGAGUCAUAUAUUCAAGGAGCAAAAGUACGUACAUUUCCUUUCUCGCACCCGCUCUUACUCGAGCACGCGCGCAAACGUCCGGCGUCUCCGCAAGUGCCACGACCCGCUGCACCCAUCUAGCAAUUGUAAAUACGCGCCGGGACACGUGUGCAAGAUGAAGCAAUACGUGAUCGUUAAUAAGAAAGGGUUUCGCUGAACUCACGGUGCAGCCAGCAAGCCGCACGGUCGAAGAAAGAAAGAAAGAAAGAAAGAAAGAAUGAAAGAAAGAAGGAAGGAAAGAAAGAAAGAACAGACGAAGGAAAGAAAGAAAGCGCGAGCUAAAGAGGCGGAGUAGUGCAAAUGAGAUGUUUAUGCAGUUUCAAGGACAGAUAAAGCAGGGUGGGGGACGGUGAAACGCACGCAGACUAUAACGUCGCCGUUAUCGGUUCAUCAGGUUCUGCUCGCUUUCGCAUAUUUAGUUGUAACAGGUGGUGCUAAGCUUGCAGUGCUAGCGUCAUUCGUCACGGGUCAUCGGCCAACACUUCAAAGGAAAGCUGUGAACUAGUGGUCGAGUCGGGAUUCGAGCAAUCCAGCACGCCACAAGCCGUGUGGAAAGUUUCCUUUGGGUACAAAGACGCUGUUGCUAAUUUCAAGGUGCGCGGUGCGCACCGGAGAGGGAAGAAGUACUGCUGCGACGAAGAACACGACGCUUGUAUAUAACAACUGAAAUGUGAAGAACGGCGCCAGACACGCAAGAAAACGACCACCGAGGAAUAUUUCCCGCGACCCGGACGGUUACACCGAAGUUGGCGACAUCUGCAUGGCCUACUCCUCCCGAAAAGCGUCCGCUGCCUGUGGAGAUGUUGCAGCUGCGGCGUCUUCUGUUUUCUGCACGACAGCCCUAUCCUGCCCUGAGACUUCCCCUCAGACCGAGCGCCGAGAAGCAUCCACCAUGUCACACGAAGCCUACCUAGAACAGCAGAGUGCAACACCAGUGGGAGUCCACGAAGGAAACGAUGGCUCCCAGGUAGCGCAGUUCUACAAGGAUCGAGUGGUGCUCAUCACAGGAGGAACAGGAUUCAUUGGAAAGGUUCUCUUGGAAAAACUCCUGAGAUCUUGCUCUGGCCUGAAGCGAAUUUACCUCCUCGUGCGAAGCAAGCGCGGCGAAGAACCACAGGCGAGGCUGAAGAAAAUGUUCGACUCACAGAUGUUCGAACGCCUAAAGAAAGAACAGCCAGGGGCUCUUGAAAAAGUAACGGCACUGGCCGGAGAUUUGGCUCAGCCAGGUUUGGGGCUCAGUGCGUCUGAUCGGGCCACCUUGGUCGACAAUGUGUCUGUCGUCUUUCACUCUGGUGCCACGAUCAAGUUUGAAGAACCUCUCAGGGACGCAUUUGAACUCAACGUACUGGGCACAAGGAGAGUUCUGGACCUCUGUAAGCAAAUACGAAAUAGAUGCGUUCUUGUUCAUGUGUCAACAGCAUACUGCAACUGUGACGAGCAGGAUGUCCACGAGGUGAUAAAACAGCCAUGUGAAAAUGCCCAACAAAUUUUUGAAGCUUUGCAGUCCGCAGGCAAAGAAGCAAAGGGUAAUACGAAAGAGUGCUUGUUUGGUCAUCCAAACACGUACACUCUGACAAAGAGUUUAGCUGAAUCACUGCUGCUGGAAGAACGGGGUAACAUUCCUGUGGUCAUCGUACGUCCUUCCAUCGUCACUGCCUCGUUGACUGAGCCGCUUCCGGGCUGGGUCGACAGCUAUAACGGCUGCACUGGCGUAAUUGUAGUGUUAGCUUUGGGUCUGCUACCGUCGAUCCUUGUGGAAAAGAAGCACCUAGUCGACACCGUUCCUGUAGACAUUGUGGCAAAUACACUCAUAUGCGUCGCCUGGCACACAUAUAUAACAAGGCCAACGUACAUGAAAGUGUACCACUGCACGAGCGGCACCCUUCAGCAACACACGUGGGCUGACCUAAUUGAAACAAUGAAGAGAGCCGUCUGGCGACAUCCACUGCCAGGUAGCAUCUCGGACCACAUGAUCUUCGUGACCAACAGCCAGCUGUGGUACAACAUCCAAGUCUAUUGCCUGCGUUAUCUGCCUGCGAGCGCCGCAGACUUGGUCUUGAAGCUAAUGAGAAGGGAGCCAAGGUUCGUGAAACUUUACAAGAAUGUUCGCAAACGCAUGGACGUCGUACAGUACUUCACGACUCACGGAUGGCUCUUCAGAACGAACAACAUCGUGGGGCUUGCACGUGAACUCUCUCCCAAGGAUAAACAGUCGUUUAACAUUGACAUGCGCAGCCUGGACUGGCAUUCAUAUUGGGAUCAAUACUCGUUGGGAAUUCGCAAAUAUAUUUUCAAGGCGAAAGAUUCGGAGCUUCCAAACGCACGACGCCAUUUGAGACGGCUCUACGUCAUGCGGUUGUCCUUGCAGGCACUCCUGAUUGCUUCAGCGUGUCGACUGCUGACGACACGGAUAGCGUGGAACAUCGGCACCACAGCGAUGCUGCUUGGUCGAAAGACGUGUGAAAUGCUGCUAGUCCCAUUAGGUCUGCCGCCGAAGCUGUAGCAGGCACCGAAGCUACUAUCCCUCACAAAAUCUAAUACAGGCUUUCGUGGAAAGACUGUAGGUAGACCUGUCUCUAUAUAAGUCCAGAGAAUAUAUAUGAACAAGCUGUCUACUUACGACCUCGUAAAUCAUGUCUGAUCGCUACUUUCCAGGGGUGCUCAACAGAAUACAUUAUGAAUUAGAAAUUGACUAAAUGGAAUAAAGUAGACUGCUUUCAGUA